AUGCCACCAGAGUGUGGGGAAACUGAUCACACUGUCAGCAAUUCAUUUCAAAAUGAUGUAUUUAGUGCUCAUUUCACCUUCCAAGAAAAGGAAAAGGAGUUCCUUAGACCAGAAGGUGAUAUUGUUAUUUUCAAGGACAUACCUAAGUUAAAGAUUGCAGAAAGGGGAGUUCGUCCUCGUGAGUUCUGGCGCCUUGACUACUGGGAAGAUGACUUGCGGCGCCGGCGACGAUUUGUGCGUAACCCUCUAGGUUCGACACAUCCUGAAGCGACACUAAAAACAGCCGUGGAGCAUGCCGCAGAUGAAGAUAUCCUUGCUAAAGGAAAACAGUCCAUCAAGAGUCAGGCUUUAGGAAAUCAGAACUCGGAAAACGAGAUCCUCCUGGAAGGCGACGACGAUACUCUGUCAUCCGUGGAUGAGAAAGAUUUAGAGAAUCUUGCGGGGCCUGUUAGCCUGAGCACGCCAGCCCAGCUCGUGGCCCCCUCCGCUGUGGUGAAGGGCACUCUUUCUGUCACCUCAUCCGAACUCUAUUUCGAGGUGGAUGAAGAGGAUCCUAACUUCAAGAAAAUCGAUCCCAAGAUCCUGGCAUAUACAGAAGGGUUGCAUGGAAAAUGGCUGUUCACAGAGAUAAGGUCAAUCUUUUCUCGUCGUUAUCUUCUGCAAAACACAGCCCUGGAGAUCUUUAUGGCGAACAGAGUGGCUGUCAUGUUCAACUUCCCAGACUCGGCAACAGUCAAGAAAGUGGUUAACCACCUCCCUCGUGUUGGUGUCGGGACGAGUUUCGGAUUGCCUCAAACCAGGCGUAUCUCACUAGCUAGUCCACGUCAACUUUUUAAAGCCUCUAACAUGACCCAGCGGUGGCAGCACAGAGAGAUUUCAAAUUUCGAGUAUUUGAUGUUUCUCAACACGAUAGCAGGACGGAGUUACAAUGACUUAAAUCAGUAUCCAGUGUUUCCCUGGGUCAUCACUAACUACGAAUCUGAGGAACUGGAUCUCACCUUGCCGAGUAACUUCAGAGAUUUGUCCAAGCCAAUAGGUGCUUUGAAUCCAAAAAGAGCAGCCUUCUUUACAGAGCGUUAUGAAUCCUGGGAAGAUGACCAAGUUCCAAAGUUCCACUACGGCACUCAUUACUCAACUGCAAGUUUUGUUCUUGCAUGGCUACUAAGAAUAGAACCCUUUACAACGUAUUUCCUAAAUUUGCAAGGAGGGAAAUUUGAUCAUGCAGAUCGAACUUUCUCAUCAGUUUCCAGAGCUUGGCGAAACAGUCAACGUGAUACUUCCGAUAUUAAGGAGUUGAUUCCUGAAUUUUAUUAUCUCCCUGAGAUGUUUGUCAACUUCAAUAAUUAUAAUCUUGGAGUGAUGGAUGAUGGGACGGUAGUGUCUGAUGUCGAACUUCCUCCUUGGGCCAAAACCUCCGAAGAAUUUGUUCGCAUAAACAGAUUGGCUCUGGAGAGUGAAUUUGUGUCCUGCCAGCUUCACCAGUGGAUUGACCUCAUUUUUGGCUACAAACAGCAAGGGCCAGAGGCGGUUCGAGCCCUCAACGUGUUCUAUUACCUGACCUACGAAGGAGCUGUCAACCUGAACUCCAUCACCGAUCCCGUGUUGAGAGAGGCUGUUGAAGCUCAAAUCCGCAGUUUUGGACAGACGCCUUCUCAGCUGCUCAUAGAGCCCCAUCCUCCCAGAGGCUCUGCCAUGCAGGCGAGUCCGUUGAUGUUCACAGACCAAGCCCAGCAGGACGUGAUCAUGGUCCUCAAGUUUCCCUCCAACUCCCCUGUCACUCACGUGGCAGCCAACACCCAGCCCGGCUUGGCGACUCCUGCUGUGAUCACAGUCACUGCGAACAGGCUGUUUGCCGUGAACAAAUGGCACAACCUUCCUGCUCAUCAAGGUGCUGUGCAAGACCAGCCAUACCAGCUGCCAGUGGAAAUCGAUCCUCUCAUAGCCAGCAAUACGGGAACGCACAGGAGGCAAAUCACCGACCUUCUAGACCAGAGUAUUCAAGUCCAUUCGCAGUGCUUUGUCAUCACUUCGGACAACCGCUACAUCCUCGUGUGCGGCUUCUGGGAUAAGAGUUUCCGAGUCUACUCUACGGACACAGGAAAAUUGAUGCAGGUGGUGUUUGGCCACUGGGACGUUGUCACUUGCCUCACUCGUUCUGAGUCCUACAUUGGGGGAAAUUGCUACGUUCUGUCAGGGUCACGUGAUGCCACCCUUCUGCUGUGGUACUGGAACGGGAAAAGCAGUGGCAUCGGAGAUAACCCAGGCAGUGAGACCACCACCCCUCGGGCCAUUCUGACAGGCCACGACUACGAGAUCACGUGCGCGGCCGUCUGCGCAGAGCUGGGCCUGGUGUUAAGUGGCUCCCAAGAAGGCCCGUGUCUGAUCCACUCCAUGAAUGGCGACCUGCUGAGGACCUUGGAGGGGCCUGAACACUGCCUGAAGCCAAAACUCAUCCAGGCGUCCAGGGAGGGCCACUGCGUCAUCUUCUAUGAGAACGGCCUCUUCUGCACCUUCAGCGUGAACGGCAAGCUGCAGGCCACCGUGGAAACCGACGACAACAUAAGGGCCAUGCAGCUGAGCCGGGACGGACACUACCUGCUCACGGGAGGAGACCACGGCGUGGUCGUGGUGCGGCAGGUGUCGGACCUCAAGCAGCUCUUCACCUACCCAGGCUGCGACGCUGGCAUCCGGGCCAUGGCACUGUCCUAUGACCAGAGGUGCAUCAUUUCUGGCAUGGCUUCGGGCAGCAUCGUUCUAUUUUACAACGACUUCAACCGGUGGCAUCAUGAAUACCAGAACCGCUACUGAUGGCGAAAACUGCAGGUCAGCCCUGCCCCAGGCGGCAGGGGACGCACCCAACCUCGGUCUCUCAGAAACCGCUAUCACAUCUGAAUGUAACUUACAUUUGCUCGAAGAAGCAAACUAUUUUUUAAAGUUUAAUUGCUAUUUUUGUAGACUUUGCUUGACUUUUUUGGGGGGAAUAGCAAAGCAGAAAAUUGGCUGCUGGGUUCUGUAGUUUAAACAAAAAAAUCUAUAUUUUUAGUCAUAAUGAGAAGUCUAUUUUCACCAAUUAUGGAAACAUGCCGUGGAGGGAGUCACCCCACUCUCUCGUGCUAUAGUAUGAAAACAUUUCCCAUCCGUCUGUAAUCCUGACACAUACGUGAUUGAUUUUAACACAGGGAAAUGGGUUCUAUACUGGGAGAGGGGAAUUUUAUGCUGUACUUUGGGGCCUGUAUUUUUCCAAACAAGUGUGCUGCUUCCACACUAAAGUUUCUGGGAUUUAAAUAGUAAUGUUUAAAUGAUGGUACAUGUAAUUUAAAACAUCUCAAUGAAUUAUUUCUAUUCUUAUUAUUUUUCAGGCAUGUUUUAGACAUAGGGAGUUACGGUUGGGGGAGGCUACUUUAUUGUGUGGUUAUUAACAUAAAGGGUCUCAGUUAUCGCGAGGGGGAAAUAUUGUCCAUAUUUACCAUCGUUCCCCACACCUGUCGUCCUCCUGGCACCAGAAUGAGAUGGAGGAUGUGCUUUGGGGUUUCCCACCUUUGUUUUUCUUUUCAAGUUAAUGCAGUCCCAAAGGUCACCCCUGAGGUCUGGCCAUGCCCAUGCGUUAAGGCAGAGCCACCGCUGGGACACCCCUCUGACCUGGGAUUGAGGGUGAAGGCUGCCAGGUGUCAUAUGAAGCAGCCUCAUUUUUCUCCUAUUUGUUAUUCAGCUAUCUCCACCUUCCUUUCGAUGAGCGAUUUGUACUAAGAAACAACGUUAUUUUGGUGUAUAAUUCUACUUUUCUAGUAGAUGGCUGUGUGGAAUUCUGUGAAGCAUUUGAGAAAGGUCUGUGUUGCAUAAAUAAAUUCUUUGUAUGUUGUGAA